AUGGGGGACCUCUUCGUCCGCGAGUACGACGCCUCCGAGCUAAAAAUCGCGGCCGAGUUCCUCACUAAUUGGCUCCCCUUCCUUACCAAAGACCUCUGCGAGGGCUGCACCGCCAGCAUGCGCGAUCGCAUCCGUUCCCUCGAUCCAGGUUUGAAUCUCUCCCCGUUCUUCUCCUAUUCCUUGUUUUUGUGAAUCUGUCGAGUCUAUUCGUUUAUCGUCCUUUCUCCUUCUCUCCAGAAGGCGCCGUGGAACAUUCAGGAGACGAGGGGGCUUACGCGGAUCAUAGCGAGACCCGGCCCUUCUCGCCGACGAGCGUGGACAAUCGAGAGGUCAGUGGACCGACUGAUCCAGCACCACCCUCAUCUCCUAAGGUCCGCAUGUCGUGGGCGGACAUGGCGCAGGAGGACGAGUUGGAGAUGGAGGCUGAGGCAGAGGAUGUCAAAGCACAGGCCGCAGACGAUGCGGAUGAAGUAAACAAGGAUGAGGGUGCUGUGGAUAAGUUGACCGCGAAGUCUGUUGUCACGGAGGACAAGGAGAAGAAGACGGAAUUGUCGAGGGAACAGAGGGAAUACAUUCGCUUCACGAAUGUGAUGAGGAAGAAGGAUUUUAUAUGUCUUGAGAGGGUCAGGGAAAAGAUCACGAACGUCCUCGAAGGUCUGGAGCUUCAUACUGGAGUGUUCAGUGCUGCAGAGCAGAAGAGAAUAGUAGAUUUCGUGCAUGAACUUCAGGAAAAGGGCAGGAGGGGACAAUUGGGAGGUAAGACGCAAUCGUGUUUUGUCUUUUCUCUGGCUUCUGAAAAUCGUAUGUAGUACCAUGGGUUUCAAUCUUCAAAAAAAGCUUAAGACGUGCAUUCAUUCCGUCGGGAUCCUGCCAUGACAUAAAAUCUCUAAAACCAGUAAGUUGGCACCUAAACUCGACCUGUACUUCCCAGCAUGUUGUACCUAUCAUUCGAGUUCCAAAGAUAGAGGCGUUGCCAGUAGUAUGCUGAUUUUUUUUGGCUUGGAAUAGAUGAGAUGGCCGUGUGCAUUGUAAAUUUGAUAACGUUAGGAGUGAGGAAGAUUCACAUUUAUUUGGCCGAUGACCUACAUGACUCUAGAUGUAAAGUUUUCAAACAUUAUGAACAACAGUUUGCAGGUCCAAUGGCCUGGGCUGAGGACAAUACCAAUGGUGAUCCCGAUAGACUUUUCUGUAGAACUUAGGUGAUUCUUACUCAAGUUUGGAUGAUUCCUUCACAAUGAGGUUUGUAGAUGGAAAUUACCGACUUCAGAUUAAGUGUAUGAAAGAAUUUGAGACAUCAUACUUUUAUUUCAGGUUAUUUCAGAUGGGUUUUAUUCUUAUUAUUGAUGAUUUGAUUCCUUACCGGGAAAGCUAACUGUAGAGCAAGAAGGCCAUGAGCUUAUAAGCUGUUACAUCAAACUCAAAAUAAGUGGCGGUGGUGGAGCUAGAAUUUAUAAAACAGAUAUGAUGCCGCAGGGGUGAAAUGAUGAUUUUAUGGUCUGCAAGAAACUCUCUAGCAUAUAUAAAUUCACGUUCUCCAAUUUUAGGGCGAUUAAGGGUUGAAAUACAAAACGUUUGAUGAAAAUCCGCAGAAAUGAAGAGUUCAUCGCCAGCAAGAGACUGUCUAGUGUAUGUAAAUUCAUGUUCUCCAAUUUUAGGAUGACUACGGGCUGAAAUACAAAACGUUUGAUGAAAAUCCGCAGAAAAGUUAUGCUUAGUGCAGAAUCAGCGUCCAUCCAAUGUUAGGACUUAUAUUUUCAUCACAGGAAAUGCCCUCUCGUCAUUCUGUGAUGAAUUGAUUAUUUUACGAGAACCUUGGGAAUCAUUUUCAUUUAAGUUGAAAUAUUGUUUGAGAAACUCCUGACACCAAAUUUGAACCUGCUGAGUUAGACAGAACUAAGAAGCCUCAGUUUGAUUCCUAGGGAACCUAAUUCUCGCUGAUUACCUUAUGUUGAAUUGGGGAUAAGACCGGGAUUGCCACUGUCUUUCCCUGAUUAUUUAAUAUGUUGGGGUUAUUACUUGAAAGUCACUAAGAAAUUCAAUGAUGGGUUUUUAAUUGUACACUUGUAUUGUGGUAAUUGGCAGGAAAUAUGUUAUUAUCUGGAAGUGUAGCUAGUCCUCCAUAUCUGUAAACCUUGCCUUAUCUGGUAUCUACACAAUCAUGUCGACGGAAAAAGCCACGGAAAUGCAAAGUGGGGACUUCCUGGUCUAUUUCCCAUACGGGUAGGGCAUGGUCCACCUAUAUGGUGUUCCUCGUUAAUCUGAACUUUUGUGCUAUUGAGAAUUGGUCCAUAUUAUUUUGAGUUCGUUCUCUUGUUUCUGGGAAAAAACAUUAAGGUUGACUCAUUACGUGGAAUUUUUUGAAGACAAUGUAACCUUGUGGAGGUUUUUUUUCGUCCUGAUUCUCAUUCCUAUUUCUAGGGAAUCCCAACAAUUAGAAACAAUGUCAAAGUGCUCAUAUUAUUAAGGAAGACAUGACGUGGGUACUUAAUGUUGUUCCCUCUAUAAAUUCUCUGCAAUUUGAAGUUGCUUUCUUCACUUUGUCACUUCUAUCAUAAAAUAUGGAAUUUUAUUUUCUCAUACUUCUUCCGCCAGUUUUUCCAUGUUUAUUUGGAAUCAUCACCAUCAUUAAGUCGGUUUCAAUGCGCCUAAACCAAGUUGUAGAAGAAGAAUGCCAACUUUAUAAUCCGGACGUGGCCCAGCACAAGCAAGAACAACGUAACCUAGCCCUAUUCCAACUUGAUUAUAUGUCAUAUCAAUUAAUUUUAAAAAAAUAAUGUAGAUUCUCUGGAGCUUGACAGUCCAAAACUACAUCUUCAAGGGACACCUCAGAGCGAAUCUACCUAUGUAGUUUGUGACUUUACUAUUGAGAGUGAUGAUCUUCUCUCUACGCACUUUUAGAACUCGUCAGAGAUGAUUCUGCACUGAUCAACUUUCACGGGAUAGUGAUGCUUUGUGUAACCGAGUCCUUCAUCUAUUUCCCUGUUUGUCCAGUAUUUCAUCUUUGUUACCAUACAAUCUGGCAAUAUUUCGUUAUUUUUCGUUCUAUAUAAACUCACGCAAAGUUUGGGGAACUGCUGAACUGAUGAAGGAUAGCUUCAACUGCCUCCCCCUGACGUGGAACCCAAAUAUGUUCUAAUAUUCAAAAUAAUGCUUAUCUUGUAUUUACCAUCAGUUUUUAAUAUCUGUUUUUCUGUGUGAAUCUUUGGCCUUAGUUCACUUCCUUCGUACAUAUUAGGAUUGGAUCUGUUUUCUUUCUCACUCAAGUACUCUCCAUUUUAUUUCGUGUUUUACUUUUAUGCUUUGACGGAUCAUUCAUCAUGUUUACUUGAUGAAUGUUUUGUGCUUAUCUGCUCUCUACAAAAAGAAGAAGAAGAAAAAAAGAAAACAUAUUCUUCAUCAAAGAAUGCCAAUUCCGUAACCACACUUUCUUCCCAAUCGCGUAAUUUUUUUUGCCCACCGAUACUCUGGCGUAAUGAAAACGGAAACCUCUGCUUAUGCUCACAUGCAGAAUGCGCGUAUUCUGGACCAGAGAAGUGGAUGAGGGUUAAAGGACGGGCGACCAUCCAGUUUGGCUGUUGCUACAACAAUGCCAUGGUUAUCCAUCUUCCAGAUCAUCAGUUUCGUUUACAGCCGCCUCUUUCUAUUGACUUGAUUGGCUGAACUUCCCAUACAGGACAAAGAUGGGAACCCUCCAGGCAUCUUGAGAAAUGUGGCCGCUGAACCUAUACCCUCACUCUUCAAAGUGAUCAUCAGGAGGCUGGUUCGAUGGCACGUCCUUCCUCCAUCGUGCAUACCAGACAGUUGCAUUGUUAAUAUCUAUGAUCCUGGUGACUACAUACCUCCCCACAUUGACAACCAUGAUUUUCUUCGACCAUUCUGCACGGUUUCCUUUGUCAGUGAGUGCAACAUACUCUUUGGGUCGAACCUAAAGAACUUGGGUGCUGGCAACUUCACCGGUUCAGCUACAAUUUCCUUACCUGUGGGGUAAGUAUCAUUGAGGUCCAGAAUUUAUCGUUGAUAUUUUGAAAUCUGUCCAAGUGUAGCCUACCUUUCCUCCUGAAUCCUUGUAUUUUCAUUUAAUUUGGACCUUCCAACCUCAUGUAACUGGGUGUUUAAUUUGAAAGCGUGCCCCAUUUAAUUUGAGGAGCUAUUGAAAACAAUGGGCAGGAUGUGCGCAUUCUUAGAUUUUACUUUUUUUACGUGUUGAAUGAUCCUACCAAAUCUUUGUGCACAGUCAAGCCCAUCCUUCUGUUGCAUGAUCAUAACAAAUCUCUGUUGAUCUCUUCAAGCAGUCGAAUCAUUUCAAAGGUUUUUUGGCCUUCUCUAUUCCAUGAUUAUGCUUCUUACAUAACUUGAUAGAUGAGUUUUGUUCUCUUGAUAGAUAGUGCUCUUCCAUGUCUAUCUCAUCAUUUGCUGUUUUAAUCAGAACGCAUCUAUGUUUCAAUCGACCAAAUAUUUUCUCCUUCCGAGCCAAAUUAUUGAGUCGUCGAUUCUUUUUUACAGGUCGGUGAUUGUCCUGAACGGCAAUGGAGCCGAUAUUGCCAAGCAUUGCGUGCCGGGCGUUCCCCACAAGAGGUGCUCUUCUUCGUCGAACCCUUUCCUCAUGCUUCUUUGACAGCCUUCAUCAGUUCGUUGGGACCCUAUGCUUGUCGGCGGCAGGAUCUCCAUCACAUUUAGGAGAAUAGACGAAGCCAAGCGUCCAUUCAGCUUCCAACCCGAGCCAGAUCUCCAGGCCAUCCAGCCCCUCUCGUACGACACAAAUGCGUCGAAGAAGAAGCCAUCCCGCCGCAGCAUCGGCGUGGCGGAUGCGGCGGCACAUCCGCCGAGGGCCGAGCACGGCGCGCAAGACCGGCGCGCGCCCCCGCGCGAUCGCGAGGCGGGCAGAGGAAGGAAGAAGCCGUCGCGGGUGGUCAUCGACGGGCGGUCCUUGGCGGACGGCGAUGCACCGCCGCCGCCGUCGGACUCGUCGGGCAUCUUGCCGCUGCCGCCGGGAUGUGCCGACGAGCCCGCGAGGAGGGCCGCCAGGUCGGCAGGGAGGACGGUGGUCGUCGAACAGCAGAGGAUCGUCGUCCGGAGGAACCUGGACGGGGACGAAGAGUUCCCCUCGCCUUCGAUCUUCGCACCCUCGGAGAACCCGGGUGGUGGUGACUCUCGGUUCUCGGGGUCCAGGCCCGCCAACCGCCGGCGGCGUAGGAUCGGGCAUGUCACCCACGGCGUUGACUGA